UCUGCACGGGCUCCUAUAAAAAGAGCCUUCCCUGCUUUGCAUGACAUAUGAGACAGCUGUAAGCCUGCAAGCUCGCUCCGACAUCUGGGAUUGCACCGGAUCUGUGUACUCAGAACAAGGUUCCCACAAAUCUGAAGACAUGAGGAUCCAUAGCCUGGUCUUGCUGUCCUUCCUCCUUCUGGCCGCUCAGGUGCUCUUGGUGGAGGGCAAAAAGGAAGCAAAGAAUAGACGUGGCAGCAAAGCCACCACAGAUAAAAUGUAUACUGUGGGCAAGUCCCAGGCUGAGCAGAAAAGCCAGCCACCCAAGCAAGUGACCAAAGGCAAGUUUGUCACCCAAGACCAGGCCGACUGCAGAUGGGUGGUGACUGAGAAGGAGGGGGGCAUCGUCUUGAAGGCUGAGUGCACCCGACAGGAUGACAAGUUUUCCUGUUUCUUUACGGGCAAUCCAAACCCAUGCCUGGAGUCCAACAAAAAGAGCACCUAUUGGAAGCAAAUUAGCCGGAGCCUGCGCUCUCAGAAGGCCAUCUGUGGGGACGCCAAGAGCGUCCUGAAGACCAAGGUGUGCAGAAAGAAGUUUCCAGAAGCCAACCUCAAGCUGGCGAACUCCACUCUGAUUAGGAAGAAACCCAGCCAGGAGGCAAUGGAGCCCUCUCCCAGGGAGCCGAGCAUGGCCAAUGAGGCCUCCCUCAUGGAGCCUAACAAGGUCAAAGAUCAGGUCAUGGCCAAAGAGAACAUCUUCCUUGACCCAGCAGGGUCCAAGACCGUGGCCAACAACGACCCUGAGUGUGUGGAGGACCCAGACGUGGCAAACCAGAAGAAUGCCAUGGACUACUGUGGGGAGAACUGGGGCUCUCUCUGCAAGUUCUUCAUCACCAUGGUACAGGGUGAUUCAUGCUAAGGAGGUCAGAGGAAAUCAGAAUCCAUUAGGAGGUGUCAUGGCAAAGCCCUUCAGUAUGCUGUAAGCUCCCCUGUAAGCCGAGCACCGUGCUACAGGACUGCAGCGGAUUAUUUAAACAGAUUUUGUCAUUUUUGUUACUGUGUUUUGGAAUUUGCUUUAUAUUCAUUUCCUUAGGUGUGAUUUUCAGAGGUCGUUGAGCUCGAUGUUUCCACGGCCCGCAAAGCUAUGUGCAUCUGAGCAGUAACAACCAGUCUUUGAGCUGAAUGAGCCAGAGGGAUGAUUUCAGUGCGAUGCACUUUCUGCCGAAUGAACAAAAAUAAUAAAGCUCUGUGCAUUUUUCAGAAAUACGUUCAA